AUGACGUACUUGAUUUUCAUGCAUGCAUGCAUGGGGGCGAGGUACGUGGGUGUGUAGGAAGGGGAGGGCUGAUUAUGCAGCAGACUUUUGACAUCUGAAGGAAAGACGUUAGAGCUCAAGCGGGACAGCAAACCAAUCUUGCUCUGAAAAUUAUAGGGUUUGUUUUGUGGAUUUCAUGGCUCUUCUCACCAAUAUGGCCAUCCUGAUGGUCCUUGCUUGUAUUUCCCAUCAGAUGGUGUUAGGUAGCUGUCACAGGGGCCAUGGACGUAGAGGACAGGGGGACAAAGCGCAGCGCAAGGAAAGAUCAGGGCCCAACCGUGUGAAACCUGUUCGAAGUAAUCUGCUCACCAAAGAUGGUUCACAGUGUACCUUGACUACAACGGAUGAAGACCCCCUGUCACUCCUCAUUAGUUGCAUAAAGGGAGAAAGGAGCUUUGUUUGUACAUAUACCGCCAGACCAGCUCUUUGUCCCCAGUAUGCUUCAAACACUUUACUCUACUGGAAGCAGAUCAGCAGGGCUCUGAAGAAGCAAAACAACCUGUGUUAUAAUGAAGCCACAUUAGUGAGGGCAGGCAUGUGUAAACAUGCUCCCAAAGACGCUCACUUUAGACUGGUAGUUUCAAAGAAGGAGGUGACACCCUCUCCUUUCAUCAUUUCAACACCUCCAAACAGAAGCACCAAGUCCUGCCUGUCUAAAAACAAGAAACUGGCCAAAGAGCUUUGCAGCGACUCCUGGUCUAGUCUGUGCACCUUCUUUUCCACCAUGGUGAAUAAUUAUGAUUGCUGAGGCACAAUCGAUGAAUUGCAUAGAAACAAGGUCAAGCUUUGCAACCAUAUUAAGACUUACAGUAUUGAAGUGUUGGAUCUUUAUAAAAGAUUGUGGUCAUGUAAAAAAAAUGACAGUAGACAAAACUUGUAAUGUGGUAGUGCACAUUUGAGAUACACAAAUACACAGUUGAUUUAAACACACACACACACACACA